UCGUAUACCAGAAAUCCCCCAAUUUCCGUCAAAAGCUACUUCCGUAUUUCUCAGAACAAGAAGGCCACUUUUACACGACUACCUGCCAAGGCGUACUUGGUUCUCGGCCUUGAUACCUUCCUUGAUGCUUGCAGUUCGUAAAGUUCAUUCAUGCCAGUUGGGGGCAGCAAUGCGCUCAAGAGUAAAACUCUCAAACCAAGGCCGGCACGAAAUUCGGGCCUUUGUCCAGCGCCCAAUUUGGACCACACUACCACCACAACAAAAACUGUAACAUGCGUCAGAAGUGGAGGAGUCAGCACACAAAGUCCUUUAAAACCCCGAGAAAAAGUUUCAGUACAAGUUAAAAUCAGUCUUGUAGCCGAGGGAAAACAGAGAAGGCCGAGAGAACGGGAAAAAGACUGCGUGGAGGUACAAGGAGUAAAUGAUACUAAGGAAACCCUCAGAAGGGAAGACACAAAAGGAGACGUUCAACACAACCCUGUUUUGCAUAAUGAAAAAUCCCUUAUUAACCAGCUUCCAGGUGGGAAAUGUGAAGUACGAGGUCGAAGAAAAAGAGUUGAUAAAUCACUAACAUUUCCAACUGGGAAAAUGGGAAGGGAACCAUCCUGUUUAAGACCAACAGAGGCAUUAGAUUUUUCAAAACUACAAGCAAGGGAGGUACCAGGUGAUGGGCAUGUUCCAGAAACGACGAAAGAGCGUUCAAAACAGGCUGAACUGCAAGGGAGAAGGAAAAGAGUAACAGUACGACCGACGGUUAUCAGAAGACCUCAAACAACUGCUGUGGAUUAUUAUAGAGUGGAGAAUAUCAUAAAUGGCUUGUAUGACGAAAAGUGUGCAUUAAAAAUGGAUGAUAUUAAGAAGAAGGCAAAUUUUAUCAACACUAUCGUGGAAAAAGAAAUUAUCAUGAAGAUCCAUGAAUUGGAUGACCGUUUUUCCUUCGAUAUCUUAAGAGCAGGCAGUUACUAUGAGAAACUUAAAGUUGGCAUACCAAACGAGUUCGACAUCAUGGUCUGUCUCAAGGGUAAUAAUGUUAACAAGUGCUUUGAGGUUCAGGUUUGCCCCAUUAGAAGAGCCACUCCAUAUCUAGGUGGUUUUAGUUACUUGCAGUACCAAAGUCACAAAGAUACCUCCAAGUGUUGGGAAGAUUUGCUUAUAGAUGGUCCAAGUGGAGUAGGACGCGUCUUAUCUGCUCACCUCAUCGUUGAUCAUUUCAGGAAGCUUAUAAGCCGGCGCUGUCAGAAACUCUCCCAAAAUAACAAAAGCAAUGUCAGAAUUGAGGAGCCGACUAUCAAGGGACCAGCAGUAAACGUUAGGUUUAUGUCAAACCGUGAAAUCAUAAAUGUUGACAUUGUUUUAAGUAUCGAGGUGCCAACAUGGCCCUCAAAUGCAGGUCGCUGGGGUGCUGAGUACCACCGGUGGCCCAGUAGAAAUAUGAUCGACGAAAUUAAGUCCAAAGGUUGCCAUGUCGUUCCAAAAGCCAAUAACAUGGACGACCCUCGUUACUGGCGUCUAUCCUUUUCCCUUGCAGAGAAGUCUCUCUUGAGAGCACGAGCAAUAGACGAAGAUAAGAAAUGCUAUCGGAUUGUAAAACAUAUUUACGAAGUGAACAAAAAACCUCUGGAACCACUAUGUUCGUACUUUUUGAAAACCCUUUUUCUUCACCUAAGAACGUCUGGGUUUUUUAGACAUGGACGACGGAAACUUUCCAUCAUCAUUGCGUUUCUUGAAGAACUUAUUUCAAAGGUUAAAAAGAAAAACCUUCAGCACUUUUUCAUUCCUGACGUGAACCUUCUCUGUAAUCUGACGGAUACAGAAGCUAGUCGCAUAGUUUCUUUUCUAAACCGAAUCUUAUUGAAUUUCAGCAAUAUCCAUUCCGCAAUUAGUUUUUUUAAGUUUCUUUCGGCGUAAAACGUCUUGGGUGUAGAAUUUUUGGCGCGAAAUCUUUUUGCAACAUGAAACGAUGGAGGGUUAACACAGGUAUCUCAAGUCGUCUCAAAAAUGUAUGAAGUAAGUACUAUAAGUAAUAUACGAACAAGUAAGUUUUCAAAAUCGUAUUCAAAGUGACUUUUUAACUGAUAUGGCUAUGAACAUGGAUUUUAGGAAUUCCAUACAUCAUUAUUUUACUAGUGCAGUUUUCGUAUGACUGUGAAAAGUUCGCGGCACGAACACGGCCGUGACACGGCAAGGGGUACGCCAGACCAAUCACAUUGCAAGAGAAUUUACUCU